AUGGAGAAGACAGCAAAACAGGAGGGGGACGAGAAGGAUGGGACAGAGCAGAGACAGAAGGGACAGAAGAUGGAGACAGAAGCAGAGACCGAGAGAAGACGAGGAGAGCCCCAGAGGACAGAGAAUGGAGCACAGACAGAGACAGAGACAGAGACAGAGACAGAGACAGAGGACAGGACAGAGACAGAGACAGAACAAGACAGAGAAGACAGGGGAGACAGAGACAGAGACAGAGACAGAGACAGAGAUGGAGACAGAGAUGGAGACAGAGACAGAGACAGAGAUGGAGACAGAGACAGAGACAGAGACAGAGACAGAGACAGAGACAGAGACAGAGAUGGAGACAGAGACAGAGAUGGAGACAGAGACAGAGACAGAGACAGAGAUGGAGACAGAGACAGAGACAGAGACAGAGACAGAGACAGAGAUGGAGACAGAGACAGAGACAGAGACAGAGACAGAGACAGAGAUGGAGACAGAGACAGAGACAGAGACAGAGAUGGAGACAGAGACAGAGACAGAGACAGAGACAGAGAUGGAGACAGAGACAGAGACAGAGACAGAGACAGAGAUGGAGACAGAGACAGAGAUGGAGACAGAGACAGA